UCACAAAUUGAGGCAGAUUAUGUCAAUCGGAAGUCCAUCCACAGCAUUAAUGUGCAGGUACACUGACAUGGCCUAAUGUUUCCUAAUGUCAAAGACAGUGUCCAAGUGCAGUCACACUAAUAUCUUUUUUGUCACUGUAAAGAUCAUAUGUGAUGCUGCACACAUAAUUACAAAUGUGGAGGCUAAGUGGCCAGGCUCGGUUCAUGAUUCACGGAUAUUUACGGAGUCAUCUCUGAGCAACAGAAUGGGCCAAGGAGAGAUGGAUGGCCUUCUGCUGGGUGAUAGGGGUUACCCAUGCCAACCUACACUCAUAACCCCUUACCCAGAACCUGAGCCAGGCCCCCAGCAGCACUUUAAUAUGGCACACAAUAGGACACGAGCCCGGGUGGAGAUGUCCAUAGGCCUGUUGAAAUCACGUUUCCAGUGCCUGCGCCACCUCAGGGUGACCCCUGAAAGGGCUUGUGACAUUAUUGUGGCAUGUGUUGUUCUUUAUAAUAUUUCCAUUAUUAGAAGGGAGCAACACCCUGCCCUACAAAUUCAAGAUCCUGAAGCAGACCUCAUACACCCUGGGGAUUUCCAGGAUGGAAGGGUGGUCAGAGAUCUCAUAUGCCGUAAUAUCUUUGGAAAUUAAUGAACCACACCAACACAGGACUGUUAAAUAAACUCAAUUUAUUCACAUUUCAUAUUGUCUUCUUUAUGUCCUAAAAAUACAAAAGCAACAGUUAAAUUCCCUAUAAGGUUGUAAGACUGUUCCAUUUCUUUGUACACCCACCUCUAGUUUGUGCCUAAGCACUUCAAUUUCCAAAUCUGUUUUUAGAA